CAGUCAGAUAUGGAAUUAAAAGUUCUUGAUGCUUGUUCAAUAGCGGAACAAUUUGCAUCAGUUUACAAUCAGACCUUUUAUCAGCAGAGUACUCAAUUUUCUCCAAGUUCUUCGGUAAUUGCUCAAUAUUUACUUCAUUUAUAUCCGUAUUAG